AUGGUGAUCUUGAAGCUUUACUACUCAGCGUCGAACGUCGCAUCUCUUCUCAUUUUGCUCAUGUGUCAAACUCGUCAUCUACUACCCUUGUUGUUGCUCAUUGGUGUGAGACAUCUCGUGGUUGUGGCUCUUUUCCCUCCUUUUGUGGCAGUAGUUGCAGCUCUUCUCGCUAAUGUUCUUGGCUCUUCUCAAGCUGCUUAUGCAUCUUCUUAUCAUGAUGGUUCUUCUUCUGGUUAUGUGUGGGUUCAGUGCCAAAUUUGUGGUCGGCUUGGCCACUCUACGAUUAUUUGCUAUAAUCGUUUGAACCUGGCUUAUGAAGGGCAUGUUCCUCCACAGCUUCUCAAUACCAUGGCUGCUCAUAAUACCUCUUCCUCUGCUGCUUAA